UACUCAAGUCUUGAUGUGGCACGUGUCUUUGAGCGGUGCACGGACGCCCCCCUUUCCACAAUACCUGGCCAUUAUGACAAACAGCCAUAAUGCAUAUGGCACUUCCCUGAGUUUCGUAUGGCAUAUCUCCGAUAUUAAAACAAACUCGUAGCUGUCCUUCGAUGCCAUCAAGCUCAACCAUGGGCCUGAUGGGCUCUGCAGCGACUGACGCCCGUAGGCAAGUGUGCGCCAGUGGCGGACAUGGUCAGCGUUUCGCAGCAUUGCAUGGCUGCACCAGUCAAGCCAGCCGCAGAAGGACUGGCUGCUGGCUUACUAGCAGCUGCCUGUACGUCCUGUUAGGGACGACUGACAUGGCCCCAGCUGUGGCGUGGGGACACCCUGCAAUUGCUAGGACAUGGUGCAUGAAAUAAUGCGCUUUUAUAGGCGUUGGAUCCUUCUAUGGCUGAUUGUGCUAGCGGUUCGCCCUGUUCUCGUGGCAAAUGUGUGGUCUCACUUGGGUACUCGCCAGUACUGAAGAGGAAUCUAUGGACAAAGUCUGCUCCUCCCAGUGAGGCGCAGUUCCAAGCGGUAGCAAGCCCGGUUGUCAAGGGUGACAGCCACAGUGAAAUUGUUUACAGCACCUAGUAUUGUUGUUAACAGGGAAUGCAUACAUCAUUAUUAUAAGGAUGACUUACAAAGAUUCGGCGAAAAUGGGUUAACAGCAUGACACUUCAGUGCACAUGCGAAUUACCGGUAAUUUCUAUGCUGGCUUUGCAAACGGAAAAAUAGCUAUCUUUAUAGACAUGUGUUGGAUGCAAUAGCUAGCUUUAGAUUUCUUCUUCUCGUCCUGCGGAGUGAAGCGGCGGUAAUGGAAAGGUACCAAGCGUUUAACGGCCACGGCAAAGGGUCGCCAUUAACUUCUUAUAAUUUCUGUGCAGAGUGUUUGUGAAAUGCAGCGAUGGUGAAAAGCCAUGGGAAGGCCAGGUGCAGUUAGUCGUUGAGAACUAAACAGGCGGGUGUGAAACCUUUGUAGGACCACCAACCGACUUUUGACACGCUAUAGUCAUAAAACGUCUGCAUCUUAUAUCUCGCUCAUCCUUGUCAUCCUCAUUUCAAACGCAGUCCCCGAAGUUCAUUGUGGCAACUAGACAAAGGGGCCGUUCCUCGCAUACAGGUUCACGGUUUAAGUGCCUUAAUGUUAUUUCCUCUCUGAUACUGCUGUCAAGCUCCUGUGACCUUUAUCCUCCGGGGACGUACCGUUGUUAAGCAAUGACACUACCUUCGGCCCCAAAGCGGGGGCAAUCCAUUGGCGGCUAGACGCGUCUGUAACGUUACUCAGACGUGCGAGCUGCGACGCUAAGGAGGUGCAGAUGCGACUUUGGCGCCUUAGACUCGAAAACGGCCUUGCAAGCAGAAGAGCGAACAGCAGCACUACUACGCCGCAAGUCCUAGAGGCACAAGCGGACAUAUGCCUGGCACUGCGGAGGCUUGCAUAGAUCCAGGAACCCUUCCCCCGCCGGCUAAGAAGAACAACAGCACCAGCGUUCAACGGGGGGCUCCCUUCCGUCGAGCCCUCACCAUGCAACAACAACAGCAGCACCCCCAUCACCAGGCUGCCAGUUCCGAGCCCCCAGCAGCGCAAAGGCAGCGUGGGCACUCAUUCAACGCGGUCACGGCUGUCGCGACCGUGAUGCCGGCUGCAGGCCUUGUCAUGCCGCCGUACCCGGUCCCGCACAGCAACAUCCCGUACGGCAGGUCCCCAGUAGAAAUGCAGCCCCCCGGACCCCCGAACCCGCAGCAGCCCCUAUCAGCGGCUGCGUUGCCCGGCCUCGCGGUAGCCCCGUCCCCCUUCUUUACUCCGCAAGACCCUGGCAUGAACGGCGUUAAUGAGCAAGCAACGGCCCACAACAGCUCAAACGACGCUCCAAUGGGACAACCGUCCGGCAGCAAACUCUGUUGGGACCAGCAGCAGCAGCAACACCCUGAGCAACAGCGCCAACCUGGAAAGCAACAUGCAGGGGGGGUUUCCUGGGCUGCUUUCAGGGCCUCCCAGACGUACGGCACUGCAGCAGAGCCAUCCGGAUCUGGAACCGGAUUCGGAUCCAGCGGCGCAGUUCCCUUGCCCCUACUGGCCACCGCGCUGUCCGCCUGUCAGCCCGCGCUGUUAUCCGGCGGAACCGGUUUCGGAGGCGCCUGGGUUGAUUGUCAUGAGGAAGGGGACGAGGCUGAGGGUGGAUAUGCUCAACAUGGCAACAUGUGCGGCGAGGAAGAAGGAAAUGACGAUGACGAUGAGAUAGCUGUUGUCGCUCUUCCCUCCCUGGAGAGGUUGCGACGGACUUCCGUUGCGCUUCUCCGGCAGUCGCUGGCGCUGGUGGCGCGGGUGUGCAGCGGGGAGGUCCCUCCGGUAGCUGGG